CGCAACGGCAACGGUUCAGCUUGACUUCGGGACUUUAGUUUAAUUUUGUGUUUUUAUUUUGGGUGAAUGCACCACAAGAUGUUCGUUAAUCACUGCAACUACAUCAGGUCACUAGUAGGGCUAGUUGUAUUACUAAGUUUAUGCCAUUGGAGCACUGCCAAAUUGCCGUCCAGCAUAACACCCUGUGCCCGGGAUGAUCCGCAAUUGGAACGCUGCAUAAUCAAUGCAGUGUAUCAAUUGAGACCUUUGCUCACACAUGGAAAUCUAGGAGAAGGCUAUAGGACACCACCAUUGGAGCCACUUGAAUUGGAUAACAUUGAUCUUGGACGGAAUAGCCAAUUUCAGGCAUCGUUUACCCAACUUGAGGCUAGGGGUGGCAGUAAUUUUAUAAUCGAUCGUUUGAUAGCUAAACCUGAGGAUAUAUCCUAUGAUCUGUGGCUAACUUUGCCGAGGAUUGACUUUAAGGGCAAAUACUUUAUGCGUCUCAAUUUGUUGUUAUUGGACAUCAAGGGUAAUGGCAAUAUGCGUGGCUCAUGCGACAAUGCCAAGGCGGCAGUUAAGAUGCGUGGCACACGUUAUCUAAGACAUGGACAGGAAUAUGUAAAAUUCACCAAGAUGUCUAUGCGAAUACAGUUCAAGGACUUUAAGCUAGAUCUGGAGAAUCUCUUCAAUGGCGAUGCCCUUUUGGGUGAGGUGGGCAACACGCUGAUCAACAACAAUCAGGAUCUCUAUCUGAAUGAGAUCAUACCGGGCCUGGAGCGAGGGCUGUCCAAGAAGUUCUUGGAUGUAGCUAAUGAAAUCUUAGCCACUGCCACAUUUGAUGAAAUGUUUCCACCUGGUCGCACUGUAAUCAAUCCCAUUGCUUUUCCCAAACCCAAUCCCAAUCCUGGUCCAUCUAUAUUUGAGCCUUCGUUUUCUUCACGAAAUCCUUCAGGUGGCAUUUUGGAUCAAUUGCCGCCUAGAACGCCAAAGCGUCCGGUGUCAAACUCUCAGCCAACGGGUGGCAUAUUUGAGGAUCUUCCUGGGGGCGGUAUUAUAGACCCCAGAUUAAAUUUAGGUAAUUAGUUGAUAACUCUUUCGAAAUAAAGUUCUUGUUAUGAAA